AUGCAUGGUGAAUCCUACAAGUUGUUCAUACAAAAUAAAUUGGUUCCUGUGGUUGGAAAUAUAUAUGAGCCAAACCUUGGCAUGGAUAUUAUUACUACUCAACAAAUUGAUUUGAUUGUUAACUCUGCAGCCAUCACUACAUUUGACGAGAGAUAUGACUUAGCUCUUGAUGCUAACGUGAAUGCUUAUGCCAAUGGAGAAAGAGAAGGGAUGAUAUUGGAGAAGCCUUUUACGAUGGGAGAAAGCAUAACAAAGGAGAAAAUUACAUCAGUUUCUCCCUUUAUUAAUUUUCCGUCAUUGUAUGCUGACAAUGAAAUUGACUUAGUUUCAAAAUUGAAGAACAAUGUUAACAACAAUGGUUUGGAGCAAUUAAUGAAGGAUUUAGGAGUUGAGAGGGCAAAGUUACAUGGAUGGCAAGAUGCGUAUUCAUUCACAAAGGCAAUUGGUGAAAUGAUGAUAAAUAGCAUGAGAGAAGAAAUACCAAUACUCAUUCUUCGUCCCUCCAUAAUAACAAGUAGCUACAAAGAGCCCUUUUCAGGAUGGAUACAAGGAUUAAGGGUACUCGACUCAUUAAUCGUAUUCUAUCGAAAGGGUGACCUCUCUGGCUUUCUUGGUGAUCCCAAUUGUCAUCUUGAUGUGGUUCCAGUUGACAAGGUUGUAAAUGCAACAAUGGCUGCAAUUGCAAAGCAUGGAUACUUGCAAAAUCCAGAACUAAAUGUCUAUCAUGUGACAUCAACACUCCUAAAUCCUUUCACACUAUCUCAAUUUUUUGACUAUUGCUAUGAAUACUUCACUUCAUUUCCUUUUAUUAACUCAAAAGGAGAUAAAGUGAAAAUUAGGGAGAUGAAAUAUUUUAACAAAAUGUCAAAUUUUGAAAAUUAUAUUUGGGAGGUACUAAUCAAACAACACGAGGUACAAGAUGAUUUAGCUCAAGAUGAGAUUAUAAAGCUUCAAAAGCGUUUUAAAAAGAAGGUGAAAUAUUUGAAGCAAUUCAGUUUGACAAUGGCAACGUACAAAAGUUAA